AGCACAACAAACUGCUCAAGCGAGCAGACGCGCUGACGCUCCAGUCGAUUUCAGGUACAAACAGGUGUCGCUCUUUGCCCUGAUUCAAGUUUGCAUUUCUCUUUUAUAUUUCUCUCCUGCUUGAGGAUAUGCAGAGAAUAUAUUACAUAUUUGUUUGGAGGGCAGUGUCUACGCUUAUAAAAACGUGUUUUUGGUCAAACGUUUCAUGGAAAAAAAAGAUAAAGAAGAGGAAAUAUCGACAAAAAGGUAAUGGUAUGAGAUUUUUGGGUGUGUUACUUUAUUUAGUUCACAGUUUUAAGAUUAUGGAGGAAACACAUUCAUUUGAGAUGAAUGUCAAAAUGUCAAAAAACCUCCAAAUUAGACUAGUCCCCGUGUGUUGUCUUUUGUUCUUUGAGUUGUGUCCGCCUCGCAGUGAGUCUGGGCUGUGGGAGGGGGGAUGAUGUUCCUGUCACACAUGCUGUACAGCAACAAUAAUAUUUGGAGAGUUACAAGUGGCUGCAGUCUUCACCACAAACCGAGACGCAUCACCAAUGAGCUCUCUCCUCUGCGCACAAUCAGAUUUCAGAAAUCAAAUCAGAUUUGACCGUGAUCAUCGGUGUGUAGCGCGAUUUUAAGUACAGCUGCUCAGAGAAGUUGGUGACCAGACUGGAAACGGUGCAGAAUGGGGAAGAAGCUGGACGGCAGCGCUGGUGCUUAGCUUUCUGAAGACGCACAAGCGGCGCUCCCUGCUAUUGCGCACAACUUCUUAUUGGAUGCAAACGUACCGCAGCCGAAUUACAGUGUGGACUUUCCUGACCAGGAAGAGAGAUGGCUACAUUCAUUCAUUCUUUGCUUAUUUUUGUGAAAUUCCUUUUUUAUUUGAAACUAACAUGUUGUAUGGAGGUAGAUUUCUUCAUACCCGUUCGCGUGGAUCAACAAGAGGAUGAAAAGCAUUUGCACCGGCGUGUGGAGCAGAUGAAUGGAAGACAGAUUGUUUUUCAACUAAGCGCUUUCAAACAAGAAUUUUACCUCCACCUCACGCCGGAUUCUAGUUUCCUUGCACCGGGCACCUUGCCCCCUGAGAGCGGCUCCUUAGCAUCCAACGCUUCUGAAACGGCUGACCUCAGGGAAUGCUUCUACUCUGGUGAUGUCAACGCAGACCCGGACUCCUUUGCCGCGCUCAGCCUGUGUAAAGGUCUCCAUGGGGGGUUCCUCUAUAACGACAUGGAGUAUUUCAUCAGCCAGGGCAGGACUGAAGACGCAGCAGCCGCAUCUGGAUAUCGAAACUCCUUCGACAGGACGCAUAUCAUCCGUCGCAGGAGACGCGCAGCCCACUCAGGCGGCAACUUCACCAGCAGGUGUGGAGUUACACCGGAUACCGGCUCCACCAUUUCCCUGCAGAAAUACAAGUAUAUGAAUGAACUGGAUAAUGAUGGCUUAACUGAAACUGUGUUGAAAACCUUAGGGAGGUCCAAAAGGUUUGCCUCCAUCCCGAGAUUUGUGGAGGUGCUAGUGGUGGCAGAUGAAUCUAUGGCUACAUUUCACGGGGAUGACCUGAAGCAUUACCUCCUGACCCUGAUGUCAGUGGCAGCCAGGCUUUACAAACACCCAAGCAUUUUCAACUGCAUUAACAUAGUGGUGGUGGGAUUCAUGAUGAUAAAUGAAGCAGAGAAUGGACCUAAGGUUUCCAGUAAUGCAGCCCUGACUCUGCGCAACUUCUGCUCUUGGCAGAGGAAGUUGAAUAAACACAGUGACAAGCACCCUGAGUACUGGGACACUGCCAUACUGUUCACCAAACAGGAUCUUUGUGGGGCCACAACCUGUGAUACCUUGGGGAUGGCUGACGUUGGGACCAUGUGUGACCCGAAGAGGAGCUGCUCUGUCAUUGAGGAUGAUGGCUUGCCCUCCGCUUUCACAACUGCCCACGAACUUGGCCACGUCUUCAACAUGCCCCAUGACAAUGUGAAGGCAUGUGAGGAGGUAUUUGGGAAACUAAAGGACAACCACAUGAUGUCUCCCACACUGAUUCAGAUUGACAGGAGCCGACCCUGGUCUGUGUGCAGCGCAGCCAUCAUUACCGAGUUCCUGGACAGAGGUCAUGGAGACUGUCUGCUGGACCAGCCUCAGAGGCAGCUGUCUCUCCCAGACAGCCUGCCUGGCUCCAGCUACAGCCUGCACCGUCAGUGUGAGCUAGCCUUUGGUUCUGGCUCCAAACCCUGCCCAUACAUGCAGCCCUGCUCUAAACUGUGGUGCACUGGGAAGGCCCGUGGACAGCUGGUCUGUCAAACCCGACACUUUCCCUGGGCUGAUGGAACCAGCUGCAGCAACAACAAGGUCUGCUACCGAGGAGCCUGCACUGAUAAGAACACCACCAUGCACAUUAAGGUGGAUGGCCGGUGGGGGAAGUGGGGUGAAUUUGGAGACUGUUCUCGAAGUUGUGGUGGAGGAGUUCAGCUGGCCAAGAGAGACUGUGACAACCCUGUCCCAGAGAAUGGAGGCAAAUACUGUUAUGGCCUUCGCAUCAAAUAUCGCUCCUGUAACCUCAACCCCUGUCCUGAAACAGGUAAGAGUUUCCGUGAGGGGCAGUGUGAGGCAUUCAAUGGCUUAAACCUGAACACCAACAGGCUGGGUUCCUCUGUGGUUUGGGUUCCCAAAUAUUCAGGCAUCUCUCCCAAGGACAAAUGCAAGCUCAUCUGCCGCGCUAAUGGGACUGGAUACUUCUAUGUCCUUGCUCCAAAGGUCGUGGAUGGGACGCCCUGCUCUCCUGACACCUCAGCUGUAUGUGUUCAGGGAAAAUGCAUCAAGGCAGGCUGCGAUGGCAAGUUGGACUCUAACAAGAAAUUUGACAAGUGUGGUGUGUGUGGUGGGGACAACCAGGGCUGCAAGAAGGUCUCAGGAAUGUUCACCAAACCCAUUCAUGGCUACAACUUUGUGGUGACGCUACCAGCUGGAGCCUCCAACAUUGACAUCCGUCAGCGUGGCUAUCGAGGAAUGGUCAGUGAUGAAAACUACUUAGCAGUGAAGAAUCAGCAUGGCAAGUACCUCCUGAAUGGCAACUAUGUGGUGUCAGCUGUGGAGCGUGACCUGCUGGUAAAGGGCAGCCUGCUGCGUUACAGUGGCACGUCCACGUCUGUGGAGAUUCUGCAGGCCACCAGACCCUUGCAGGAGCCUCUGAUUGUGGAGGUACUCUCUGUGGGGAAGAUGACCCCUCCCAGGGUCCGCUACUCUUUCUACAUCUCCAAGGAGAGCAAGGAGCAGAAAACUCUGCGGAAAGAGGAGAGAAGUCACAAAACACAUAACAGCAUUUUAGUAGAUAGCAACAAAGUAGAAGUCAAAAAGCAGGUGAUGGGUAAGAGGCCAGCUAGUCACUGGGUGACAGGAACUUGGGAUUUAUGCACAGUGACUUGUGGCAAUGGUCUUCAGAAGAGGCUGGUACAGUGCCAGAGCAUGGAGGGGCGUCCUGCAGUGGACUGUGACAGUGUUGACAGGCCUGUAGCAGUGAGAGCAUGUGGAGAUCCGUGUCCUGUGUGGGAUGUAGGUACCUGGUCUCAUUGCUCCAAGUCCUGUGGAAGGGGCUUUAAAAGGCGGCCAGUGCGUUGCCUAGCCAACAAUGGUAUGAAUCUACCCAGAGAUCACUGCUCUGGAAGGAGGAAGCCUCAGGAACUGGACCUCUGCAACCUAAAGCCAUGUUAAAGCAGAACAGACAUAGCCUCUAAACUUAUUUUUGAUUAUUCGACAUGACCCUUAGCCCAAAUCACCAUGAUAAUGAUUCUGUGGCUGUGCUGGGUGGAAAUACUCUCAACUUCAGUCUCAGUGUGUCAGCAGGGGCAUCUGUUCUACAGAAGAAAGCCAGUGGAGACAGAGAGGAUCCUCCUUCAUUGUUUGAACAAACAGAAAUCUGUUUACAUAAAAGAAAAGAAGGAACGUGUCACUACCAUUGUCAAACCAUCUAUUCUAGGUUUGACCUUUGGUUAGUCUACCUCUACCAGGAAUGGUGACACAGUGCCUGUGUAAACUGUACACAGACAGUAACAGAGAGAGAUGCAGAGAUAGUGAUCAUGCACAUCUGCAUGCAAACAGAAUUUCCUGGUAUAAUUGAAAGAUUCACACUGUGCUGUUAUCACAAUCAGAUAUCUGUGAAUUGACAUUUUCCUCAUUUCACUGAGGAGCUAAUCAAUAUGUGAAACACAGUACUGUAUCUGCCACAUUCAAGACCUGAUUGGUCCGUGCAGUUCAUACAUCUUGGUCUGUUUGUUUGUUUCAUUUUUAUUGAUUCAGUGCUUUUCACUGUGGUCUGAUGUGGAAAACUCAAUUCAGAGUCAUUUUAUCUAACAAAUAGCUUUUACAAGCUUUAUAUCCUUCCAAAAUUAAUUAUAUUAUAACAUUAUAUCCUACACACUUGAAACAGUCUUUAUCGGUUGGAUCAUUAUCCCUGAAUUUUACCAGUGACCAAAAACCUAGAAAUAUUUUUUAUAUGAGGAAAAUUAGUUUAGUCAGAGCUUUUUCUGUACAGUGAAUGUAGGCUGUGUAUAUGGUGCAAUCGUAAUAUGUCUCUCUGUUUAGUGCAAAGCAAACCAACAACUGCUCUGCUGUUUCUUCUAUGUUGCCAAAGAGUUCUAACCUUCAACAAAGCCUUAGUGUUAGAGAGACACCUCUCGGCAUGAGCUGGACAGAAGCAUGGCUUGCUCAAAGAACCAUAACUGUACAUUUCUGUCAUCACCUCAAAAUUAUCUACUGACAGUUAAAUCACUCACCUCCAGAGGCUUAAAAGGUGGCUGGAAAAAAUAAAGUUGUGGCAAAAAUUAAUUUGCAACAACAUUAAUAAUCAGUGGAUGGUUUUACUAAGCAAUGUACAUACUAGUAGGAAAAAUUUUCAAGCAAAAAACCUCACUGGUUCCAGCUUCUCAAACGUGAAGAUUUUGGUGCUUUUGCCUCUCUUAUGUAAUGUUUAACUGAAUAUAUUUUGUUUUUGGUUUGUUGGAUAAAACAAGCAAUUUGAAAAUGUCACAUUGAGGUCUGGGGAAAUUGUGAUUUUUCACUAUUUUCUAGACCAAGAGCUGUCAAAAUAUCCAUAUAGAUUUCUCAAACCACUCAUGCAACAUAAACCAUUUUACUGAGAUUUUACAUGUUCAGUACGCAUUUAUUAUUAUUAUUAUUAUUAUUAUUAUUACUAUUAUUAUCAAUAAUAAUAAUAAUAAUAAUAAUAAUAACAAUAAUAACUACAUUACUAGGAGUUUAAUAGAAAAUGGAUCAACAGUCUUAAAAAUAUUUGGUGGAAUCAGACAUCACAAAAUGAUGAUAGAUAUCUCCUUAUACUUAGGAACUGUUCUUAAAACCGAUGAGCACAGUACUAACAUGUCCUUCAACAGAAAACCUAUGUCAGUCUUAAUUUGCAGUCUGUUUUGGUUCAGAGGGAUCAAUUAUACCAUCUAGAAGAUAGUUUUGUACAGUUAUUUUUUUUCUUUCUCAUACUGUACAGAUAAAAUUUUUAUCAGUUGUCUUUUGUAUUGUAUACUAUGUAUACAUUCAUCCAGCAGCAUAAAAUAAAAUGUAUAUAUAAGAGUAAAAAAAAAAAAAAACAUACGCUGAAUCAUGAUUGGUUGUCCAAAGCUUCAGGAUUUUAGGUAUUAGGCAGAUAUUUUACAUUAAGACAAUAAGAAAAUAUUACUUUAUAAAUAUCUGUUCUCUCUUGAAUGUCUCCUUUUGCUCCUGCAGUAUCUGUUACAUAAGAUUUCUGCUGUGCCCACAGUCUUCUAUUACAUGAGAUGAGACAGUCUUGAUAUCUCAGCUCUUCUCCAACUGAAGCAUGGCAGAUGAAAACACAUUCAUUCAUCCACUUUGGUAUUCUGCUGAUUCAAGCUCUGUUGUCCCAGCUGUACUGUAAUAACACACCCAGCUUGGCCAGCGUCUGUCCAGUAAGCCUGAUGCAUUGUUGAAUAGAUGUCUUUCAGACUUGGACACCCUCACCACAAGGAUUUGACCCAUGUAAGGGUUUAAAAGUGCAUACUAAGAUCUGUAUUUUUGGAUAGAAGAUGUGGAUGGUGUGAGUGAUUUUCUCAAACAUGACAAAGCUCUCCUAGUGCCACAGAAGACGUACAUCUGUUAUCACAAGCUACAGGUUACUAAUCAUUACAACAAACAGAUCAGUAAACAGAACUUCAUGUAUAAAAUAGACGGGGUGCAUCUUUAACUUUAGUAUCCCUAAGUGAAAGGUAAUUUAAUGUGAAAUAUAUAUGUAUUUGCAAAAUUCUGAAUUUUGUAUAACACCAUCUUGUUUACAUCAUCUAAAGAAUCAUUAUAAUUAUUAUAAUAAAAUAUGUUGAUGUAUGGUCAGGUAGAAGAAAAAUCUUUAUGCUUUGCACAGCAUUGCAUCAUCAGACACACCUAAAUGGACACACACCAGAUGAACCAUUUAUCCAGAAAAGUUACUCAAGGUACAGUAGCGACAUGUGUUUAUCCAUAUUUGCUGUUUUUCUGUAUAGCUAAUAUGCUGAAAAAAGACUCCGAUGGGUGUCAAUCUGCAGGAGGGUUUUCUAAUCUGCUACCUCUGUCGUUUGGUUAUGUCUACUUAGUUCAGCUUGGUCAGAUGAUCAACCACCAGGUAAAGGUUAGGAAAAUGUUCUUGUCAUGUUAAACAGAAAACAGAACUGUUGGUAGAAGACGGGAUGUGAACUAUUGUUUUCUAUGUUGUUGUUAUAUACUUUGCUGGCCAAACCAUUUAUUCUAACCUCUCUGUCUAAAACAUUUUCAUGGUGCUUUGUGGCAGCAUAAGACCACUUCUGCCUAUGUGCACUAUAUUUGUUACAAUGUUUUACAAAACUGUAGAUCGCAGCAUACUGGCCUUUAAUAGUGUAGCUGCUAGUCUGUCAUCAAUCAGUCAUUCCCUCAGCAAAACAGAGAGGCUCACAUGUAGCUCAUUAUACAG